AUGGUCACGUGUAGCAGAGAUGCUCACAAGGCCGCUCUCAUCCCCGUGGUCGGCUGCAAGCUUAGGUGUUUCUCGGAUGCUGCCUCUUGCCCGCUGUUGCCUCUGCCUUGCUUUCGGAGUCCUCGCAGAGGUAGAGUUCCAGGUAGUGCUGCGGAGGUUGAGGAUGGAGCAAACGUCGACGUCGGAGAUGUUGGCAUGGGGCCAGGAGGGUACUUAGUGACCAGGCUAUUGUGUCCAGGAUCAUGGUACGGUGUCAGGCUACGCGGACUUCGGUUGCAGCUUCGUGUUUCGGUGGUGCUUCCUCAGGAGAGAACGUUAGUCCUUGACCAACCGGUGAAGAUUGGACGAUCGGUGGCCCGCAACCGGCCAGCAACCAACAAUGCCAUCUUCGACUGCAAGGUGCUCUCCAGGAACCAUGCCGUGCUCUGGUAUGAGAAUGGGAAGUUCUACCUGCAAGACACAAAGAGCAGCAAUGGCACAUUUGUCAACAACCAGAGGCUUAGCAAAGGUUCUGAGGAGUCUGCCCCAAGAGAAGUCUGCUCGGGGGAUAUUGUACAGUUCGGUGUUGACGUCAUGGAGAACUCUAGGAAGGUGACACAUGGAUGUAUAGUUGCAACCCUGAAACUAUAUAUGCCAGAUGGUCAGGAGGCUAAGGCCAGCCCUUCAACUGCAGUAGGUGGAGCAGUCACCAGUGUCUCAGCACAGGAACUGUACCAGUUACGAACGUAUCUCCAAGAAGCAACUCACCGUGAACAACAGAUUGAGACGAAAUUGGCUACUUUGCAACGAUUGGUGUCUUCUACUCAGGAAGCUGCUACACAGAGCUGGAAUGCCAUGAUUGACGAAGAUCGGUUACUGCAACGACUAGAAACCUUAGAAGCUCAACUUACCACAUACUCCAAGAAUUACCCUGAAGAUAGUGUUAGGGAAGAAAUGCGACGAUUACUGGACGAGAAGGACCAGUAUGAGACAACUGCCAAAGAAUCAUUACGACGGGUUUUGCAGGAGAAGUUGGACGCAGUCACCAAGUUGGCAGAUUUAGAAAGGACACUAAGUACAUCUGAGGACGAAUUGAGUCACAUGAAAGACCUAUGUGAGACAACACAGAAGGAGCUUCAGGAGCUGUUGGAGAAGCAGACGACCCAAAACGAGCAGAUUGCCCAGCUUACUGAAAAACUAAAGGCAGCUGAAGAUCAGUUGAAGGAUGUGGAGGAGAAUUUUGAACAAGAGAAGAAGGAACUGGAAAAUAAGUUGCUAGAAAAGAAUAAUGAUGAAAACAAAUUAUUAGCUAGAAUAGAAAGUUUAACAGCAGAAAGUGACUUUACGAAAGAGCAAUUAAGUGCCAUGAAAGCUAAAUAUGAAAAUAUUAAGAAUGGUGAGAUAAGUGGACUUAUUAAGCCUGUAAAGGAUUCCUCAGGUCUAGACAAUAUAAGCUUCGAGUCUGCUGAUGUGAAGCAAGCUCUUGAGACUUCCCAGAGGGAGAUCUUCACCCUCAAGGACCGACUCCAAAUUGCUCAGGAUGAACUCAGGCAAACGGAAGCGAACGUAUCGCAGCUCAAACAUGAGGCAGAGCUGGCGGACAGUGCAGAGGUUGGAUGCUUGAGCACGCGUGCUCGCCUCCAGGAGGAGCUCUCGGAAAACAAGGCAAAAAGCGCAGCAAGCACAGCCCUGACUGAACACCUGCAGUCUCAGAUCGUUGCCCUGGAAGAUCGUUUGCGGAUGUAUGAGGGAGAGUCACACAAAGUCAAGAUCUAUGAUGAUAUCUAUGAGGAUACGUUAGUGAGGAAAAAGAAGAAUAAAAACAAAUUGAACGAGGAUGAUGGAGAGGACACCAAAGACAAGGAGUCCAACGACAUUGGUGAGAUUACGCAGGAUGCCGACACGACCCUCACCAUCAUCCCCACUAAGGAAUCUUGCAAGGAAUCAAAUGUGAAUGGCACAGUUGAGGAGGAAGAAGAGAAAGAGGAGGAAAGCAAGGAAGGAAUCAUCCAAGAAUCACUACUGCGCUCAGACAUUCUCAGACUUCAAGCACUUCUUGAUGCAAGUCGAGUUACACAAGAAGCAAGUGAUAAAGAAGCAGCUCGUAUCAGAGAGGAAUUAGCCCAGGCCUCAACUGCGGCCAUAACUGCAUCCCAUGAGGCAUCCAACCUUCGACAACAGUUGGCAGCAAGUGAGGCUUUGAUGAGUGAGAAAGUGAAGAUGGUAGCAUCACUACAGAACCAAGUCAGUCGUAUGGAGGAUUCAGCUAAGGAGGUUCAGGCUCACCUCUCUACUCUCACAGCAAAGCUAAAAGAAGAACAGGAUAAAGUUCAGGCUGCCCAGGAAGAAGCACAUCUUCUUCGAAAAAAAUUAAACAAAGCUGAAGAGCUAGCCAGUCUUACCGUCCAGGAGGCAGAGUCGCUGAAGGUUCGGAUAAUUGGGCUGGAGGAGAGGAUGAGUCAGUCCACUCCAACAACCCCCCUCAUCAUCCCCCCUUCUCCACGAGCACCUGGCCUCCCCAGUGACGUAUCACGAGCCGAAACACUUACGGAAAGCGACGGCCAACAGGGCUCCACUGAGGAGCCGGCCGAGGCCACUGAGGUCAUGGAGAGGAGCGAUAUCCCUAAUGGCCAUCCCAGUCAGGCUACUCCUGUUGUUGGAACAGAAACAAAGGAACAGGAAAUUAACACAUUGAAGGACAUGGUUAAGAAACUGCAGGAGGAGCUGUCCCAGACACAACAACAGUGCACCACGUUGCAGGAGCGAGAGAGAGCCCUGCAACAGGCACUGGAGGGAGAGACUGGGAAGAGUGCAGAUGACUCCAGACCUAAUCGUGUGGAUGGAGUUGUUACACCUACCCUGAAUGAUGGACCACUAAUAGCUGAGAAACUGGAGAGCCUCCGAGAGGAGUUAGAGUCCCUGAAGGAGGAACGCGAUCAUUUGAGAGACAAGCUUGGGGGGGUGGAUGAGGAUUACCAACUCCUCGCUCUGCAAAAUAAAACGGCUGUGGCGCUAUCCAUGGUGCCGCUGUGCAUCUUGAUCUUGGGCUUCAUCACUGCGUUCUAUGACACCCUCUCUGCCUUGACCGGCACGACAGAGUUCAACCCGCCCUCUUAAAGACACUCUUGCAGUCUAUCGAGCACCGUUCUUUUGGUUUGUUAUGGACGCUAUGCCAGAACUGUUGAUAGAAGCUGUUAUGUUAUUGUCCCUGAUGAUGUAUCCCAUUGCCAUUAAAAAAUAAUGAUAAUAAAUACUUCACCCUCUCACUCAAUCAUGGUCACCAUCUAAACGAUUAGUAACUAACUGCCACAUGGGAUACUGACACCUCUAAUAAACCAGUGAAGAAAAUGCGUAUCCUUAAGGCACGACUGUUUGUGCAUCCUAAAGGCAAAGUUCUGCUGGAUCUGCUUCCUCAGGGAACUGAGAGUCAAGAGUUUGAUGUUUAAAAUCAUGUGCUAUUGAACAAUUGUACAGCUCAGAUGAUGUACAAUUCCCCGCCCCCUCCUUCCCCAUUAAGAAACUUUCCCCAAGUAAUCAGAGGUUUUCCUUACAUUUACUACUCCCCAAAACUAGCGAGAUUUCAAGAUGAAUGGAUAUAUGGAAAGAUUGUGGCCACUUUUACCAGUGACAGGAUGAAAAAUAAACUGCAACAGUAGUGUAUCAGGUAAACUUUGAUGGACUUUGCCACCAUCAAAUAAAGCACAAGCUAUAUAUUAUAGAACCUAUGGUUCUUUUUCCUCCUUGUAUCUUAAAUGUCUUUGUAUAUGCACACAAAAUUGUACUGUUGGUUGUAGACAUUGGCUUGUAAGUCUUAAAUUCUUCUGCCAACAUUUUAACUUUUAGAGAAUUGAUGAUCAAGUCUCUCCUUGAUUAGUGUUUCUUUCUUGUAUACCAGAUUAACCGAACGAGAAAAUAAGGUGUAUGUCAAGUUUCAACAACACCAUUAACAGUACUGUUGCUGAAGAAAGUACUUGUAUGUUUUCCAUGGAAAAGGUUAUAUUGUUUUUAACAGAUUGUUUGUAUUAUUUCAGCAAGGAAGCUUAGAAUUUCAUUUUUUCCUUACCAAAUUUUGAGUAGAAAGCAUUUGGCACUAAUUUGAAAUAGCAUUUCAUGGUAUGGAAUACUUUUACACUUAAUUUGGAGUGAAAGAGGUAAAUUUUAUGUUAUCUUUUUUUUAGGGGCACUGUCUCUAAGAAUUAAAUGGAAUACUAAACUGUAUGUUCUUUCAAAUAGGUAAACUUUGUUAUCUUUUUUUUAAUGGAAUACUAAACUCUAUGUUCUUUCCUUAUUUGACUAUUUUAUAAAGACAGUUUUAAAAAUUGUUUAGGAAUAUGUUUUGUUAAAAAAGUAAAUGUGAGGUGUAGCCAAUAUGUUGUUGUACCUGUUAUUUAUCUGUGAUAAGAAGUGGUUAUCAUUAUUGUACCAGUGUAUAAUUUUUUUCCUUAUCAUUUACAACUAAUCUUCGAAUCUUUAUUGCUUUUUAGCAUAUUGGUUACACCAUUGUUUUAUUAAUAAAUCUUUGGGAAACUAAAAUUUUAACUAAAGGAAAAGAGUAAUUAUAAACAGGGUAGUUAUUAUACUUCCAGAUUAUCAUGUUGAAACAAAGGUUGAAAGUGUUGAAACAAGCACAGACACUAGUUUGUGGUGUGCCCAAUGCUAUAAAGUGUGAAGAUAUCCUACUUGUGGCAAAUUUCUCCAACUAUGCGUGAAAAAAGAUGCCGAAAAAUUGUGAAGAAUGUCUUUUUUGUGAGUGCGUGCUUCGUCAGGCUCAAAAGAAAUAACAUUUGUGUCAUCGAGAAGGGAAGAAAGAAUGAAUUGUGUAUAUACCGCAGCUGCCAAAUUCCCUGACACAGGUCUGACCUUUUUACUAAGGCCCCCCCCUAGUCACCAGUCCGGUGUUUUUAUUCGCCGACCACCCCAGACCUCUGAUGAAAGUCAUGUACAGAAAAACUUGUCGGAAACCUCAUGUACAUAGGCUGACUACCCGUCAACUGAGACCGACUGUGUAUAAAGACCGAGUUGUAUACUGCCAUUAUUCACUAGUACAUGUAGGGAAUUUACUCUUAGAUAUUUAUGUUUGUUUGAUAUGAGAUCAUGUUAACUAUUGUAGUUCUUGUUUCGUUGAUUUUAAAAGGAUGUUAAUUACAUGUUAAGCCUAACACGCUUUAUACAUGAUUCCCCUUCCUGAGUUUUCUUCAUGCUUUGUACUUCAGUUCUUGAAGUAAAAGUUUCUAUGGUAACAAAAAAUGUUCUUGAAAUCUGUUAUACAAGUCACAAUUUUGUGUCCCACUUAGCACAUUUUUUGUAGGUGUCAUAUAUAUAUAAAUAUAUAAAUAUAUAUAUAUAAUAUUCAAUUUUAUAUGAAUCACAUGUACAAACAAAGCCAAGCACACAGAGGCUACCGCAAACUGGCCGAGUUCAUAUAGAAUUGGAAUAUGUUUAGGUAGAACACACUACAUCCAUUAUACUUUCCUAGUGAGGUUGUUUAUGUAAUUUUUUAGUAAAUGUCAUCAUACCCCCUAGUUUUGUGGAUGUUCUCAAAUUGUACUGACCAUUUUUUUGUCCUUUAGCUGCUAAAGGGAAAAAAGAGCAAGUCACAAACAUGUCUGGAUAUUCAGUUCUUUAUGAAUACUGUCAGUUAUUAGGUACUCUGGCCAGGCACCAAUGCUCAUGAAGUGCUGCGCUUAGGGUGUCAGUCAGUAAACAAAAAUGAAAAAAAUGACAUGUUCUCAAGCUUCCAAAUACAAAUAUUCAGCAUC